CAGAGACAAACAAAGAGUUAAAACCGAGGAAGGAAAAGAAAUUUGCUUCUUUUCGAUUCGAUUCGACUCGACUCGAAACUGAGUCCUGGGAUAGAGAUGCAAUCGAGCUCAACGAAUUGUUCCCCUAGCUAUCGGUGAUGACGUGACACGGUCAUAUAUACAGGAAUGGCGCUUACAGCGAGAAUUCUACUGCCCAUUAGGUCAUCUUUCUCAUCAAUAGCCUCUCCUUAUUCGCUCCUCUAUCAUUCAAGACUUCCAUUUUAUGGCAGAUUGGAACCUCUAAAGACUUGGAUAAAGUUCCUCGAACCUGUACUGCGGACUCGUGCUCCAACUUCCCAUUGGAUUCGGAGAUUAUAUUUACCAACAUUUCAGUAUAGGAGGCCCAAUCUCUACAAUUCAGGACUCGAAUUUGGUAUGAGGACUAUAUUUGGCGUGUCAUUUCUAGUCGGAUCCAUUAGCCUUUGGCCACGAGUUGCAUAUGCUAUGGAUGGCUUUGAUAUUUGGGGGGACAAUCAUCGGGAUGACUUGUUGGCUGCUUCAGGCUCUGAAGAAGAUCCACACACUAUUCUGACUUUUGCAAGGAAAUUGUUUGUGCCUGUUUUUCUCUUUGCAACUGUCUUUAUGAACUGGGGUCAUCCCAUUAUCCUUGCAGCUAAAGUUAUUCUUAUUCUUCUUGGCACUAAGCCCAGCCCUUUCUCAGUUUAUUUAUUCAUUGAACAGUUGCGGCAUGAGGUAUUGCGCCAACACCCCUUCUUGUACAAAUUUAAGGUGAGUGUCAUGCCCUUGUUUUUUCUGUAGCAUCCCUAAGGAACUAUCGCAUAGACUAGCACAGUUUACUUUACUCUAAGACGUCUGCCUCUUAGGGCCACUUGCACUUCCGUCAGGGAGCCAGCAAUCAGAUACAUAUUUAUUCUUUAUUAGACGACUUCUACAUCAGUUGCACUUUAUCUGGUCAUAGAAGGAACGUGUUACGAGAGAGUUUCCUUCAGAGUGUUUGGCUGGCUAUUGAGGCAACUUCUUUUCGAUACGAGAAAUAGUUGAAUCUAUCCAAUGCAUGCAAUUAUGCUUGCAAUGGCACAACUAACAAAGUCAGAUAGGUCUCCUUUAUGCUCAUCCGGAACUUCUUCAUAGCACUGCUUGCGCUAGAAGAUCAUCCUGUCAUUAUAUGCGACAAAAAUUGAAGUCGAAGACCACAUGUUUUUCUGUGUGGCUAGAGUUGAACUAAACGAUGAGAAGUUCACCCUAAUUGGAAUUCUGAAUGGUUGGUGGGUUUUGCCCCUGUCAGCAUGUCAUGAAGUGUUUUCUCGACUUAAGAACAAAGCUCUACGGAAUCAUAUCAUCACUUGAGGUAGAAGGAGAAAAUGAUCAUCUAAUCUGAUCUUUUGAGAAUGUUUCUUUCAGGUGGUGGCCGAUCUACUGAAGCCUGUGCUGACCGUUAUGCAGAACGAUUAUGGUGUUGGUACGGUCUCAAACCGACCAUUGAAAAAUAAGCGCUACAACAUUUGUCAUUGUACAAGACAUAUCUCGGAGGAUGUUCUUGGUGAAAUUAUGUUGUUUGUUAUCCAACGAAAAUGUUUUUGAUGAAAUCCUACCCCCUUAUGUAUUCUGCAGCCUAAAGUCGUUUCCAAUUUUCACCCUCUGUUUAAUUGUUGUUAUGUUGAGUGAUAAAAUGUCACGUGAGACGGCUACCGUUUGGAC